GCCGGCUCUCCGCUCGUUACGCGCAUCACGGCAUCAUCGCGUCCGAGCAUGUGCCCGGACCCUAUAGCUGCUGCUUAUCCGCACUCUCCCAGCGCAGACCAGACCACACCACCACCUCCGCCAUGGUCUUCUCCUGCCUACCAUUCCUGGGCCGCCCGACCAACGCAGCUCUCGAUGCGGCCGACGUGCCUGAGAAGUCGUCCCGAAUGGGCGCACGACCAUCAGCACCGUCCUAUCGCGCCGCCCUGCGCGCGUCGGGCGCCGGCUCCGCUGCAGCCCUGGCGGAGCUCCGCGCGCUGAUGACCGAGAACAAGCUCGAUGCGUACGUCAUCCCCAACGAGGACGAGCACGGGAGCGAGAUCCCCGCGUCGAGCGAGCUGCGGCGCGGGUUCAUGACCGGGUUCCACGGCACCGCAGGGCUCGCGGUCGUCACCCAGGACGAGGCGCUGCUGUUCACGGACAGCCGGUACUGGAUCGCCGCGGAGAAGGCGAUGGACCCGGCCCUGUGGACGCUCAGAGCUGGAUCCGCGCGCGCGCUGGUGCCGGGUGGGUUCCAGGACUUCCUCGUGACUCUCCCCGCCGGCUCGCGCAUCGGCGUCGACGCGCGGCUGAUCCCGCCGUCGCUCAAAUCCACACUCGACGCGGCGCUGCCGGCGGGCUCGCGGCUCGUGUGCCAGCGCACGAACCUCGUCGACGCGGUGUGGACGGAUAAGCCCGUGCGCUCGACGGAUGCCGUAGUCGUCCACCCGCUCAAGUUCACCGGGCGCGGCAUAGAGUCGAAGCUCGCGGAGCUGCGCGCGGCCAUCGCAGAGGCGGGCGCGGGCGCGUACCUCGUGACGCCGCUCGACGACCUCGCGUGGCUGGUGAACCUGCGCGGGAACGACACGUUUAACCAGCCGUUCUUCUACGCGUACAUGUUCGUCUCCGCGGCGGAUGCGGUGCUGUUCAUCGACCGCGCGGAAGUCAGUCCCGAGGUCGAUGCGUAUCUGACUGCCGCGGGCGUGCGGACCGUGCCGUACGGCGAUGUUUGGGACUUUUUGAAAGCGGAGAAGGCGGAAAACCCGAAGAGCGCUGUGUUGGUGGAUCCCAAGGCGUCGUAUGCGGUGAUAGAGGUCCUGGGGGUAAGACAAGGCCAAGAUCAUCCCGUCUCCGAUCAACAUCUCGAAAGCAGUCAGAACGACGUCGAGAUCCAAGGGUUCUACAAUGCGAAUCUCCGUGACGGCGUCGCCAUGGUCCGCUGGUACGGUUGGCUCGAGGAGCAAGUGGUCAAGAAGAACAAGGUCGUCACCGAGUAUGAGGCCGAGCGCAAGCUGAACGAAUAUCGG